UCUGUACGUUCUGAUUCUAAUUCACCAUCUUCUUCGAUUCAUUCCAUCUCGAUCACUAGCUAGUGUCAAGCUUGAUCCCAUCUCAUCCAUAUUUAAUAUCUUAGAUCUGGACUCCUGCAGGCAGCUGGCCAGUUAAUUAGCUGGCCCAACAGUUAAUUUCUACGUCAUCAAGCAAGCUAAUUGACUAUAGCUAGCUAAUCAAGACUUCACCAUAUCAUCGGCUUAUUAUGGAAAAUUCUCAUACCUCUAGCAGUGAAAAGCGGCAGCAGCUGGGAGAUAGUCUGGAAGCAGACCUUCAAUGUGUGCGGAAAGAGAACGAAGCUUUGAGAUUCCUAGUUGAAGCUAUGAGCAGCAAGUACUCUAGACUCGAAGCCCAUCUUCAACUGCUCCGCCUCCAACUUCAGCAAAACAAGUCGACUUCAGCACACGAUGGUCAUGAUUAUCAUCAGAUGACUAGUGCUGGCUCAGGAUGCUCAUCAUACGAUAUAUACGAUCGAACUGCAAACAAGAGGGCAAGAACAACUGUUUUUGCUCAUUGCAAUCAGCAGCAGCAGCAUCAGUUUCCGGAAGCCAAUACGACAUCGCAGUUCCUUGUGAGAACCGACUCUAAAGACAACACCCUCAUUGUGAAAGAUGGAUAUCAAUGGAGGAAGUACGGACAGAAGGUGACCAAGGACAACCCAUCAUCCCCUCGAGCUUAUUUCAGGUGCUCCAUGGCUCCAACUUGCCCUGUCAAAAAGAAGGUGCAGAGAUGCAUGCAGGACAAGUCAAUCCUUGUGGCAACGUAUGAAGGCCACCACAAUCAUGAUAUCGUCAAUAACUCUAAUUCCCUGAUGCUUGGACAAAUUAUUUCAUCGUCGAAUUCGUCUUCAUCAACACUAGCCCCAUCUCCUCCAAAUCAGAUUAUGCCUGUUGAUUUUCUUCAGGCAGUAGUAAAUGGAGUGCUAGAAAGCACCAGUACUAGUACCGCAGCUGGCUCUAUUACCAUGAGGAGUCAUCCUUCUCGGCCGGAGCCUACAAAUCUUGAUCUCACUCUCUCCGGCUCCAAAUUCAAAUCCAAUCAGGAAGAGAACAUAGCAGGACGAGGAGGAAGCCCUACUGGCACUAUUAGUACUACUGAUAAGACCUAUGAAAAUGAGAAAAUACAAGAAUGUGUUACUAGUCUAACCAAAGAUCCGAAUUUCACUGUAGCUUUAGCUGCUGCAGUUGCCCGCUCCAUUACAACUGCUCGACGUUGCACCUAAUACCCCAUUAUUAAACAUGGAAUGUACAAGCUAUGUGUCUCUAUUAAGUUUCCCAGACUGUAGACAGGUACAUAUAUACGUUAAAGGGAUGGAUGCAAAUGGUUAUCCGAAUCAACAGAGGUGUUUUUGUCAACUAGAUUUACGAGGAUUGAACUCUGUCUUUGUUGUACUUGUUACCGAGUAUUUAUUUAUCAGAUAGAAAAUUACUUAGUUGUA